CUUGGCCAAAAUUGUGUUAUUGUUGCGUCUUGGCUGAAAUUUUUACUUGUCUAGUGUUGAUUUCUUUCUCACCAACACUAAAGUGUCUAAAUCUAAAGUUUUGAGCUUAUGUUGUUGACCUUGUUGUUGUAAAUUUGAAGUUGGCAUCUUGGCCGUGUGUUGCAAUUUGUUGUGGACUUGGAGGUGAAUGUUGGUGUUGUUGUUCUUGAGAAAUUGUUGUUGAGAUCAUGUUGUUCUUCACCUCUUGACAUCUUUUGACCAAUAUAAAGUAUGACAUAGAUCCAAAAAGGUGUAAGAUAAAGUUGAAAAGUUGUUGGUGAAGAGACUUGAACACAUCACCUCAAAGACUUGUCAACCACUUUUCCAUAUUUCAAGGACCUUGUUUUUGUGGAAAUAGUACAAGUCAAGUCUCACCUUUUUGAGUUGAAUUUGAAAAAGUUUCAAAGACUUGAAUUUUUCCACCAAAACACAAAUUCUUCCAUUCCAAAUUGUAUCAAGACAAAGGCUUCAAGUUGGUGAUUAAAAAAUGUGUGGGAUCGUGACCAAUUACGUGGUUGCCACAUCAUCGCAUUUUACUGUUCAUGCAACAUAAUUAAGCUCAAAUUUUAGAUUUCUUAGUUUCUAAUCUUUGUUUCUUAGUUGCAUUUAGUUGAUCCUAGAACUAAUUAACAAACUUGUAAACUCCUACUAGAUUGGCAAUUAGUCAUUUGAAUUCAUUGUUUGUGUCUACGUUUCUUUUGUGGUUUUGUCGUUUUUAAAAUCGUAGUACUUCUUGGAUCAAGUUCGGACAUUACUUUCCUUGAGUCUUCAAACAAAGAAUCCAUUCCUACCAAAGAUUAGACUCACCCCUCAACUCAUCACGAACUACGAGCCGACUUACAAAACUUGUGAAUCCAAGUGUGAGACGAUCAAGUGGGUGAGAGUGUGGUGAGGUUGUUUCGAACUAACUUGUGUUUUGCUUUGUAGGCUUGUUCUUUUCUUUUCUCUUUUUAGGUACAAUUACAAGGGAACCCGCAGCUUCAACCUCUCGACCCAUGGACAACAAUGCCACCAAUGUCAUUUUGGCCUACCUUGACACUAUGUCCCGAGAUCUAGCUAUGGCAAAUGAAAGGUUGGAUCGUAUGGUAGGUCAAAGGGGGCAAGUGGGCUGCCCGGACACGUCAAGAGGAAGGCCGUAGCUCACGAGUUACGAGGUAUGAGAAGUGGAUUGGGCGGACAUGAGACUGGAAGAUAUAAUUUGUUCAUUCAAAAUAGGCAUCAAGUUUCGGAUGUUGCUUUCCUAGUUCAAUCCUCAUUUAUUGGAAUCAGUUCACCACAGCGCAAUACCGAAAUAUCUUGCGUAGCAGCGACGAAUGUGUCUGGAGACUUACCAAGCAGCUCUUCCAGUGGAAUGAGCCAAUACGAGAAAAUAAUUGAGACUUUGACCACUCUUUUUCCUCUCUGGGUUAUAUUGGGUACAAUCAUUGGCAUCUAUAAACCUUCUGCGGUCACUUGGUUGGAAACAGACCUGUUCACUCUUGGUUUGGGAUUUCUAAUGCUUUCAAUGGGUUUGACACUAACAUUUGAGGACUUUCGACGAUGUUUAAGGAAUCCAUGGACUGUUGGUGUGGGAUUUGCGGCUCAGUACUUCAUCAAACCACUUUUAGGCUUCACCAUAGCUAUGGUUCUAAAGUUGUCCGCCCCACUUGCUACUGGUCUUAUCUUGGUAUCAUGCUGUCCUGGAGGCCAAGCUUCUAAUGUGGCAACAUAUAUUUCAAAGGGGAAUGUAGCCCUCUCUGUUCUUAUGACUACGUGUUCAACUGUUGGAGCUAUUGUAAUGACACCCUUGCUAACUAAGCUUCUAGCUGGUCAGCUUGUCCCAGUUGAUGCUGCCGGUCUUGCUAUCAGCACCUUUCAGGUUGUGUUAGUGCCAACAAUUAUUGGAGUUCUAUCAAAUGAGUUCUUUCCUAAGUUUACCUCAAAAAUCAUCACCAUUACACCUUUGAUUGGAGUUAUUUUGACCACCCUUCUUUGUGCAAGUCCGAUCGGGCAAGUUGCAGAUGUGCUGAAAAGUCAGGGAGCACAGUUAAUUCUCCCAGUGGCGGCCCUGCAUGCAGCAGCAUUUUUUCUGGGCUACCAGGUUUCAAAAUUUUCGUUUGGUGAAUCAACAUCCAGAACCAUUUCUAUAGAAUGUGGAAUGCAGAAGAAAAGGGGGCAUCAUCUUUUUUCCGAGGUCAUCGAACAUUUUACAAUUAAAUUAACAGAAGAUUUUUUGAUCGACUCUAGACAAUGCAAAGUAUGGGUAAACUAUGUAACUCGUCUUGUGUGCGCACAGAGUUCUGCACUCGGAUUUCUACUUGCCCAAAAGCAUUUCACAAAUCCACUUGUUGCUGUACCUUCUGCUGUCAGUGUUGUCUGCAUGGCGCUUGGUGGAAGUGCUCUAGCUGUGUAUUGGAGGAACCAACCGAUUCCUGUUGAUGACAAGGAUGAUUUUAAGGAAUAGAACCUUGGCUGCUGCUGCUUCUUUACAUCGUUGUUAGUUUGAUAGAUGAAGGUGAUAGUUCAAUCUUGCAUGUUAUGCAAAUGCAUGGGUGAUAGUUGCUUGCAUUUCUUGGCCAAGCUAAAUUUUGGACCUUAGAAAAGUUCUCCGAUUUAAUUUGUUAGAGGCAUUAGCAGGUAAGAGCCUUCCAAAAUGUUGUAAAUAAAUUUGUAUUGAGCAAGCUACCCAUGGGAUCGUAAGCCAGUUUUAGUGUUUGUAAUAUGUGUGCUAAGCAGACAUAUUAUCCGGAAGAAUACACUUCAAAUAAGCUGACCAAUUUAAAAACCUUAAUAGACCUUAAUGAAUUUAAAGACAAAUGAGCGAUUCUUCAA